GGCAAGGUCAGUAGUUUCUUGUGUCAAAAACCGAAAACAACUUUCGAACUGAUUCUCUUUAUUAUUUUUUGAAACGUGAUUGAUUACGUUUGUUGACAAAUAAAUUUCGGGUUGAGACUGGAAUUUCAAUUAACGUUGAAAAUGUUUGGCAAAGAUGCUGUGAAAUUAAUCGCAGAACUCGAUCUCACUGAGGAUAUACCACCGUUCAAUGACCGGGUAGUACAACAGGUUUUGGAAGAAAUGCAAACGCUUUAUACAGCUAAUGCAAAAGACGCGCAAAGCAUGAUGGCCGGUGACACUUCAUUUUAUUUGUUAGUACCGUUCCGGCACAUUGUACUCAACCGUAACAAACGCUGUUUAUUGGCUUAUUUUUACAAUCGAAUGAGAAGAUUGAGACAAAUGCGAUGGGAAUUUGGCAGUAUUCUACCACCUGAGGUCAAUGCCAAUCUCCUUCCGGAAGAAAUACAUUGGUUCAAUACAUACAGCGACGCGUUAGCGACUUACAUGAGAUCCAUAGGCUACGCGGACGGUCUCAACCUGACCACUGACAUUCAUCCUCCUAGAUCUCUCUACAUCGAGGUCCGAUGCCUUGUUGAUUAUGGCAGAUUCGAACUGGAAAAUGGACAAGUUGUAAAUCUUAAAAAGGAUGCUCAUCAUUUAUUGCCGCGAUCUCAGUGUGAAUCUCUUGUACGACAGGGGAUCCUUGAGCAUAUACGUUCUUAGUCGUGACUCGGACUUAUUUAAGCAACUUUUUUCCUAAGCAAAGCCAUUUUCGGCUCUGAGUCAACUCUCAGCAUCAAAAAUAUACUGAUGGGAGGUUGUGAUUGCUUAAUGAGAAUCUACCUACCCUGAUGAUCUUAUCUCAGAGACUCUAACUUGAGGGAUUUCGUAUUUGGAAAAUGUGAAAAGUUUUCCUUCGAUUUUUUGCGUGAUACAUUCAUUCGAAAAUCUCCGUCAAUUACUUUUUUUCGUUAUUGUUUUUUGUAGCUGGAGAAAAAUUUAGGAGAAUUGUUCACCGUUCCGAACUGCAAUGCAAUCGACUCAUUAAAAAAAAUGUAUUACCAUCAACCGAGAAUAUGCAACACUAUACGAAUCAAACUUGUCCGAAAACGCGUCGAUACAAUUCAGAAGCCUAGAAAACUUAUGAAUUCGAAUGACAAAAUUGUUGAUAAAUAAAUUCUCAUAUUUUUCUACAGGUAA